GUUUCUCUUCUUGUUCCUUGUAUUUUUUCAGUUUUGGGAGGAUGGAAGACUCUGUGGCUGUGACAAUCCUCAUUUUGUUUGUUCACUUCCUACUGCUUAAUUACCCUUCUUCUUCACUUCCAUUAUGCAGUGAUUCAAGGGCACCUCACAUUCUAAAGAGACCUCUGGUCUUUUGUCCUUACAAUGGAAGUGUGUGCUGCGACUCAGCCAAAGACCUACAGUUGCAGAAGCAAUUUCAUGAAAUGAAUAUCUCUGAUCCUGGCUGUGCUACUCUUGUGAAAUCAACUCUCUGUUCAAGGUGUGAUCAGUUCUCAGCUCAGCUAUUUAAGGUUGAAUCGGGACCUCAAGCAGUUCCUGUUCUUUGCAGCUCCACUCUAUUGCUAAACUCAUCCCUGUCAAACAAGGCACCAAGUAGCUUUUGCUCGACUGUCUGGGAUGCAUGUCAAAAUGUGUCUAUACUGAGUUCCCCUUUCGCCCCUUCACUACAAGGUAGGGGUGGGGCACCAGUGGAUUCAAGUCCAUCCAAACUAAACAAACUCUGGCAGUCAAAAAGUGUUUUCUGUGAUGCAUUUGGUGGUUCUUCUGACAAUAAAUCAAUAUGUUUCAAUGGUGAACAAGUCUCACUUAAAAAAACUGAAACUGUGCUUCCACCAAUGGGCAUGUGUCUUGAGAAAAUUGGAAAUGGGUCUUACCUCAAUAUGGUUGCACAUCCAGAUGGGUCUAACAGUGCCUUCUUCUCUGACCAAUCGGGCAAAAUUUGGUUGGCCACCAUACCUGAGCAAAGUUCAGGAGCUACUCUGGGGCUGGACAUGUCCAGGCCCUUUAUGGAUUUGUCUGAUAGAGUCUUCUCUGAUAGUAGCUUUGGGAUGAUGGGUAUGGCUUUUCAUCCCAACUUUGCCCAAAAUGGUCGUUUCUUUGCUUCAUUCAAUUGUGAUAAGGUCAAAACACCAGGGUGUUCUGGAAGGUGUGCUUGUAACUCAGAUGUAGACUGUGAUCCUUCAAAGAUAGGUUCUUCUAAUGCAGCUCAGCCAUGCCGGUAUCAUAAAGUUAUUGCAGAGUUCACUGCUAAUGGCACAUCGGGAUACAGUGCCAGCCCAAUAGAGGUGAGAAGGGUUUUUACACUGGGACUUCCGUUUGCAUUCAAUCACGCAGGCCAGAUUCUAUUUGGACCUGCAGAUGGAUAUUUAUAUGUUAUGAUGGGAGACGGUGGAAAAGGAGGUGAUCCUCAUUAUUUCUCACAAAACAAGAAAUCCUUGCUUGGAAAGAUUUUAAGGCUUGACAUUGAUAAUUUACCAAGCGCAGAUGAAAUAGGUUAUCUAGGUCUCUGGGGAAACUACUCUGUCCCUCAAGAUAAUCCUUCUUCUGAAGACAAGGACUUGCAGCCUGAAAUCUGGGCUCUAGGUUUAAGAAAUCCAUGGCGCUGUAGCUUUGACUCAGAAAGAUCUCUGUACUUCGUCUGUGCAGAUACUGGGCAGGAUCAUUAUGAAGAGGUAGAUAUAAUCACCAAGGGUGGAAACUACGGGUGGAGUGUCUUUGAAGGUCCUUUCCCCUAUAACCCUCAUCAGUCUCCGGCUAACUCUACCAAUCCAAUCUUCCCUGUGUUGGGUUACAAUCACUCAGAUGUAAAUGAUAAUGAAGGAUCUGCAGCAAUAUCUGGAGGGUAUUUUUAUCGUUCCUUGACUGAUCCAUGCAUGUUUGGAAGUUACCUGUAUGCAGAUUUGUAUGGGAGUGCUAUUUGGGCAGCUGCUGAAAGCCCUGCAAAUAGUGGAAACUUUACUUCUAACAUGAUUCCUUUCAGUUGUGCUCAUGACUCUCCAAUCCAUUGUAGCUCCAUACCAGGAAACUCUCUACCUGCUCUGGGUUACAUAUACUCAUUUGGGGAGGAUAACAGGAAAGAUAUUUUUAUUUUAGCCAGCAGUGGUGUAUACAGAGUUGUUCGUCCAAGUCGCUGUAACUACACUUGCUCAAAGGAAAAUGUCACUGCCAUCAUCUUACAGACUCCUUCAAGUGGAAACCAGUUGACUAACUUCCAUUGGAUGCUCUUUCUGUCUCUCUCUUUUCUAGGCUUUUUGUUGUCAACUGAAAGUUAUGUUCUGAUUGAGAGUUUGUGAGGGAUAAUUGCUGUAGUCUACAAAACUAUGUCCAUACCUAGUCUCAAUUUAGAGAUACCUAUAACAUUUAUAAUUUUCGAAGCAAGAAA